GUAACCCAGACAAACAAGAUGGAAACAAUGAAAACCAAAUUUGAUCAACUAAAGAAGCAUAUGGUAUCCUAGCAGGGCCUAUUCUUCAUCCCUUUAGUUUCUUCUUGUCAUGGUAUGAGAUGAUAAUAUAUUAUCCUAAAUCUCACUACGUACUCAACUAUAAAAGGCCCGAGUCCCUUCUCCAUUUUGCUCACCCUUCCAAAAUCAUUUCAUCUUAAUUGUUUCCUUGUUCUAACCCUAUUUACCACCACAAAAAUGUCGUCAGCCCAAAUGCAGAAACUGGUUUCCUCGAUUGAAAUCAAGUUAGAUGGGAAUGUUUUUCACGAAAUCUUCCGAGAAAGACCAUACCACCUACCUAAAAUGAGCCCCAAACACGUUCGUAGCAUUGAGUUGUGUGAUGGUGAGUGGGGAAAAGUUGGAUCUGUCGUCCGCUGGAAUUUUGUAACUCCUGAUGGAAAGAAGGCGGUUUCAAAGGACAUUAUUGAAGCUAUUGACGUCGAAAAGAAAUCAGUCACAUAUAGGGUGAUUGAAAGAGAUAUUUUGGCGGCGUAUAAAACCUUUGCCUUUAUUAUCGAUGUUGAUAAAGUUGGUGACAAAAACGUGGUUACAUGGAGUAUUGAGUACGAGAAACAAGAUGAGAGCAUCCCUGAUCCUCAUGGCCUGAUAAAACUCUGCCAUGCCAUCACUAAGGAUAUCGAGGCUUACCAUCUCAACCAAUAAAAUCAAUCCAUCCAAUUUGAAUUAAAAGGUUGUCAUCAAUGAUGAUGGAUCAGUUUGAAGUUUGAAGUACUUUCAUUUUCAUUGCGAGCGUGUAUUGUUAAUUCUCUAUCUGUAUCCAUAUACUAUAUCACAUAAAUAAAAUGUCCACGUACUGAGACAUUAUAUAUGGUGUAUUAAGUUUGCUUGAUGAUCACUUUUAUAAACUUUGACGAAUAAAGUCUGUUGGUGCUACUUAAGAGGAUGGAAUGGCUUCAAUUGAGCAAUUGAUCAAUAGAUUAUUACAUGACUUAAAUAGAAAAACCUACAACUAG